AUGAGCCACGAUCGCGGACAGGAGUUGAGGACUAUGAUCGCCCAGUCACCUCAUGGCCUUCCAGAGAAUCCCAUUCCGUCGGUGACCCCGCGAAACAGCUUCGACGAAGAUCGAGGCGGCAGCUCUGCUCAAGGCGGUAGCUCUGCUCAAGGCGGUAGCUCUGCUCAAGGCGGUAGCUCUGCUCAAGGAGGUAGCUCUGCUCAAGGCGGUAGCUCUGCUCAAGGAGGCAGCUCUACUCAAGGGGGCACCGUCAUAGAUGGAGAUGGAAGUUCUGUUCUCAACGGCACCACAGAACCAGGCAGUAGCUCUGUUCCAAAGAGCACCAGUAUGGAAACGAGCAAGGGCUCUGUACCAAGGAGCGCCAUCAUGGAACCAGGCAGUAGCUCUAAACCAAAGAGCGUCCGUUUCGCGGACCGUGACGCCCCCGCAGACCGUGACGCCCCCGCGUUAAUGCCACCGGCGGCUCAUGUCGGUGCCACCGUGCAUAGACACCAUCUGCCCGGUAUAGCACAGGUGAUGUCCGGAGGUCCCUUCGAGCAGGCGGAGGAUUCCGAAGCGGCAGAGGGGCCCAAGCCAGCGAAUCAUCCCGAGGCAGCGGAAGAUCCCGAGGCGGCGGAGGAUCCCCAAGUUGGUGGGGGUGGAAUUCCAAGUCAUAAUUUUGGGCAAUAA